CUAUGAUCGGGAUUGUACCAGAAGUGUUCAAAGAAGAGAACUAUGAGUUUUGGAAAAUAUGUUUAAAAAGUUAUCUAGUUGGUCAAGGUUUAUGGGAUGUGGUCUCUAGAGAUGCAAAAUCUGAGGAGGAAGACGAACCACAAGAGUGGCAAAGGAAGAACGCUCAGGCUUUGCAUGCUAUUCAACUCGCGUGUGGAUCACAAGCAUACUCCAAGUACAAGAAGAAUACGCAUGUCUCUGCUAAAUUUGCUUGGGAUCAUUUGGCUGAAUUGGGUCAUAAAAAAGAUCAAGAUGUUUCUGGUGAAGUAGUUUGUCAAUUUUGUAUGCCUUUUAUAUUGCAAUAACUAAACUUUGUAUUAUUCUAAAAAAUAUAGAAUGUUCACAGGGGUUGAAAAACACCAUCUAUAUGAAGACCUAUACAACGCUAUUGAGGAUGACGACAUGGAACGAGUGAAUGUGAUCCUUAAGAAGGAACCCAAUGCUACAACGUCAAUUGUAUCUUCACAUGGAGAUACAGCUCUCCACAUUGCAAUCCUCUCUGGAAAAAUAGAGAUUGCACUAGACUUAGUGAAGAAGAUACCCCCAGAAGAAUUAGAAAUUAGCAAUGAGUUUGGGGCCACUCCUCUCUCUCUAGCUGCUAUAACCGAAAACAUAACAUUGGCUAAAGCCAUGGUGGAAAAGAAUAACAAUUUGGUUACCCUAAAAAGUGGAAAUACUGACCAGAGCUCCCUUCCUGUCAUUGUGGCAUCAAUGUAUGGUAGAAAGCGAAUGGUUCACUAUCUCUACUCCAAGACCCCAAAACACCUACUAGACCCAAAUAACCCUGACCCGAAAUACAAAUUGGAUGGUGUGUUGCUACUGAAUAAUUUGAUCACCGCAGAUUUCUACGAUAUUGCUUCGGAGCUACUCAAGUUGUUCCCAAAGCUUGGCAUCAUGGCGGAUCACCAUGACGAUUAUGCUCUUCACAAAUUAGCACAUAAGCCUUCUGCAUUUGCAAGUGGAAGCAAAUUUCCAUAUUGGAAACAAUGGAUCUAUAACUGUGAGUAGUUACAUUCUAAAUACCUUUCUGUGCUCUAACAUUAGCUCAACAAGGAAUCACAUUCCCAUUUUUUUAAUUAAAAUUAAGAAUACAUUCUAAAUACCUUAUUUGACACAUACUAACCAACUAUUCAUAUUACCUUAUUAAGGUCAUAUUAUAACUAUUGUGAUAUAUACUUACAAUAGUGAAUAAUAACAAAUCUAGAUUAUAAUUCUAACUUUCCUCUCUAAUUUAAACUUGGAUUAUUUAGAUAAUAAUCUAUAUUAGAGUCUAGAUUAACUACUAACCUUGAUUUCCAUAGUGUACCUUGACCUUCUUUUGGAUGUUGGUUGGACUAACUUCAUUGAUACCUGUAUACGUUCUAAACAGGUGUGCGUAUACAUUCUCCUUGGGAAGUUGACACCAAAAUCAAUACCCCUGGUGAUCAUCAAGAUGAAUUCAUCAGCCACCACCCUGGCUUUCUACAUCAGCUAGGUUGGAUCUUGCUACGGCUAAUCGUACCCGAUAUCAAGUAUUUGCAUGACAGAAAGUUAGUAAAUGAUGAAGCAAGUAACCUCCUCGGCUGCAUUUUUAAGGGAAUAAAAGGCAUGAAUCACUUAGAGCUUGAAAGAUUGGAAAUUGACAAGGCGGUGCACAAUGCAAUUAAGCAUGGAAUAGUUGAGUUCGUAGAGGAACUACUAACAUACAAUCCUGACUUCAUAUGGAGGAAAGACAAAAGAGGAAGAUCAAUCUUUUCACAUGCAAUUGUUCUUCGCCAAGAAAAAAUAUUCAGUCUUUUCUGUAGAUUGGGAACAAAGAAAAGCAUAGUGGCAAGUCGACAUGAUAUAUUUCAGAAUAAUUUUCUACAUCUUGCAGCGAAGCUCUCUCCUCCGGCUCAACUUGAGCGUGUUUCAGGAGCUGCCCUACAAAUGCAGAGGGAACUGCAGUGGUAUAAGGAGGUGGAAAGCUUAGUACAACCCAAAUACAAAGAUCAAGUGAAUGAAAGCCACAGAAAGCCUGCCACUUUAUUCACUCAAGAACACAAAGAUCUCGCAAAAGAAGGCGAAAAAUGGAUGAAGAACACUGCAGGAUCAAGUAUGAUUGUAGGAACUCUUAUCGCUGCAGUCAUGUUCACCACUGCCUUCACUGUACCCGGUGGGAAUGACGAAAAAAGUGGCCUACCCAUAAUGUUAUACAUGGACAGUAACGUGUUCAUGAUAUUCAUGAUAUCAAAUGGACUUUCUCUCUUCGCAUCAACAACUUCCGUUUUGAUGUUCCUAGGAAUUCUCACUGCUAGAUACGCAGAGGAUGAUUUUCUUGUUUCCUUGCCCACCAAAUUGAUCCUUGGAAUUGCAUGCCUUUUCUUCUCUAUAGUUACCAUGAUGAUAUCAUUUGCUACUGCAUUGUAUCUUGAGCUCCAUAAGACACUAUCAUGGGUCUCCAUACCUCUUAUUCUUCUAUCUACUUUCCCCGUUGUUCUCUUCUCUGCACUUCAGUUUCCUCUCCUAAUUGAAAUGGUUAUUCGUACAUAUGGAUCUUCAAUUUUUGACAAACAUAGUAAACAUGCCUCCAUGAUCAAGAAACCUCAACAAUACCCCCCACAACAAAAUAACGAUGAUUACUCGAUGAAGGUGGAAGACACUGGAGAUUCGUCAAUGAAUGUUUGUCUGGAUGCAUAGUGCGUGGAUAAAGGUUUCACGAUGGUAUAGUGUGAGCUUUCUUCUUUUAGUUUCUGAUAAUUGUAAUUCCAUAUAUAAAUAUUUUUAUCAAUUUAAUCAAAAUAAGAUGUUAUUAUAU